UAAUAAUGUGGCUACGUAAAUUUUGGCAAUCGUAAUUAUUAGUCGUGGUCAGAGUUCAACACAGUAGUACUAGCAACUGAGCUUGUAGAGAAUUCUCUAUCCUCCUUUCAAUAUGUUCCGUUGCUUUCAAUAUUCGUCGGCAUAUCGCUCGCUGGAUGAACCCCCAGAUGAUCUCAGUGCUGAAGAAGAAAACAGUUUGCGCGGUGUUCAAGGAGAACUUCCCGUAAGCUCAGUCGAAGAUGAAAGUUGUUUUUCUCGAGUUGGAACUACCUCAACAACAGCUUUACAGCAGAGGUCCUUGUCAGCACAAAGAAGCUCUCCACUCUCUUCCACUACGAGUCUUUUUCCGGUCAAUCAAAACCGUGUCUCCCCGGCAGAUCUAAACAGAUUGUCGCCAUUGUCUGUGUCUUCCACUGGAGCAGAGGGAUCAAGUAGAAGCGAGCAGCAUCUUCAACUGGUAUACGGUGGCUCAACUGUGGCAAAUCUGGGCGGUCAUUUAGGAGGAUCGACAGGCACACUGUCUGCAAACCUAUCUAAUCUAUUGAGUCCUCCAGCCCCACCACUUGGGGGUUCUCUUGCGGGAACUCAUUCGGCUCCUGGCUCCACUGCCGGUUUCACGCCGGAGCUGAAGAGGCCACCGAAUCAUAAAUAUGUUAAACAUCUCGAGGCUACACUGCUCAAAAAUUCAUUCAGCGACUCACAACUGAAUCGACGCCAACGUGACGAAGAAAGGUACAUCCGAGUGUCGAUUGGAGCACAUUUACCUGGUGCGUUAUCGGGAACUCCGGGAGCUCAGCAGGUAAUUCCACCACCACGUCCAACUGUUCCCUGUCCGAAACGGGAUAAAAAAUCACGCGAACUCGUUGCGCGCUUAGCUCCCAUAGACACAACGGAGCGAUGGUCACCUGCUGGCCUCGACAAAACGAUUGCAGUCAAGAGUACCGGCGGCAGUGGCAGUAACAGCGUCAGAGACACAAAUACAAAUGAAGUCAAAGGCAAGGACAACCAACUAAAGGAGAUCAAGAUGGGCGGAAGGACACAGGUCAUACGCGUUCCUGUGGACGGUGCUCCACUUUGCUGGGCUCCACCUGUACCAGGACAGCGUUUGUCCGUUGUCCAAGAGAGUGUAUCAGAUUGCCUUGAGGUAACGCAGCGAUCGCAGAAACUUCAGUAUUCACAGAAGUUCCAGCAAUUGCCAAAUGAAUGUAAUGAAAAAACUCAUGACAGCAGUUCUGUUUUCAAAGGACCAGUGCACCUACCUCAGCAUCGCCACCAUCUACAUCUUCAGCCGCGCAAUGUACCAUUUACAGCCAGUUCUAGUGCGCGUCUUCCCAUACGCAUCGUCGUUGGUGGGACCACUAUAAUCCAAGAUGCAGAUACCUAUUCAGGAAUGGUUGGCGACCAAACAAGCGCAGAUAAUAGGUUAGCGUCCUUUGCCGUAUCACCGAUCAACGGGAAUAACGAGGCCUUUGGAAUUAACGAAGUGUGCUCCGUCAACCAAAGGCGACCGGCAGCAUUUUCCGGUGAAGUUCCUCUUGCUAAGGCCGGUCGAUUUCUUCCGACUCAAAGCAGUUCCUGUAGGGUGAAUACCAUCCGAAACCAGGAUCAGUUCCAUCCCGUGCAACAACGAGCACAAAUCACUUCCAGUACAACUACGUCUUUUUCGACCAUUAGUUCAGCGCGAAACGCCUCUUCUCGACUAAUUUCCGCUGCCAGUAGAAAGUGUAGAAUGGCGCCGCCGUCGAAUUCAUCGAACAUUCUCGACAACGCGUCUGGAACCUCAGCAGGGACAGGAUGUCUAGGAGGAGCCACCGGCGCCCUCGGUGCAACAAAUGUUUCUGGAUCAACAACAACAACGGCAGCAGCAGCAGCAGGAGGAGGCGGCGGCGGCUCCUCUUCGUCAAGGAAUUGGUUACAUCAGGACAACGAAAUACUUGGCCAGGGCGUGUGCUAUACCGUAAAGACUCUCGUGGGCACAUCGGCCUGAAAAUCGCCUAAGACUCGACUGUGUAGUCACUCAUUCGCCUGCUUCAUGCAGACCUUGCUGCUGCUGUCGAUGUCGCUGCCGCCAACAUACUCAGCUCCUCUUCUACACUCCCUGAUGACGUCGACUGUCGGCGGCCGAGGCUCGUCGUCGUCAUCGUCGUCGCCGUCGCCGUCGCCGUCGCCGUCGUCGCCGUC